AUGGAAAAACUGGUCCUCGCGUUGCUACAUGCUUCAAGGAGAUUGGGAAGGUAUUUUACUGGUCAUGUCAUCACUGUCCUUAACAAUUUUCAUAUUGGUAACAUUCUACAAAAGCCCGAAAUCUCAGCAAUCAAAGGCCAAGUUUUAGCAGAUUUCGUCACCGAGGUUCCGACGGACAAGAUAAAAGAAUGUGGGGCAGUUGAGAAGCCCCCGCAAGACACAUCGGAUGAACUCUGGUUGUUGUUCACCGAUGGUGCAUCAAAUGAAGACGGUGCAGGUACAGAUUUACGCUUGGUCAACCCAGAAAAACACGAGUUCACUUAUGCUAUCAGGUUGGAUUUCAAAAACACCAACAAUGAGGCUGAAUAUGAAGCUUUCCUAACAGGCCUGCACCUAGCCAUCAAGAUGGGCGCGAAAAAUUUACAGGCGCAUGUAGAUUCUCUUUUGGUCGCUGGCCAAAUCAAUGGAUUGUAUGAUGCGAAGGGUGAGGUAAUGGCGCUCUAUCUUGAGCAGACGAGGGAAUUACUACAGCAAUUCAAUUCAUACAAGGUUGUUCACAUCAACAAAAGCGAAAAUAAGCCGACCGACGCGCUCAGCAAGUUGGCCUCAACAGCAUUUCGACAUCUUGUAAAAGACGUUCGAAUCGAGGUCUUGAAAAACCCAUUCGUCCUGCUGCGCCAAGUCAGCGUUAUAAAGAUAGGGUCAUCCUCAUGGAUGACACCUAUCAUACAAUAUUUGCAGGCGGGGAUCCUCCCGAAGAACAAAGCGGAAACUAGAAAGAUCCAAAACAAGGCAUUGUUUUACCAAAUGGACGGAGGCAUCCUCUACAGAAGGUCAUAUCUGGGUCCACUGCUGCGCUAUGUGGACCCCCAAGAUGCAAACUACUUGAUCUGGGAGAUCCAUGAAGGUAUCUGUGGGAUUCACAUUGGGCCACGCAUGGUCGUGGCAAAAAUCAUGAAUGCCGGAUACUAUUGGCCGGGCAUGCACGUCGAUGCUAUGAAUGAAUUGCACAAAUGUGAUGCAUGCCAGAGGCAUGCGCCAAAGACCCUCCGUCCAAAGAAUGAUCUGAUCCCGGUUUCAACAGCAUGGCCCUUCCAGCAAUGGGGCAUUGAUAUGGUGGGACCUUUCCACGAGGCACCCGACGCCGUCACAUUCAUCAUACUGGCUGUCGAUUACUUCACAAAAUGGGAGUGA